AUGCAAAUCCUCAUCAUCCUACUACACACCCUCGAUCUCGCCGAGGCCGUGCUAAGCCUCUGCCUUGCACUUGUCUGGCUCCUGCUCGCCGCCUACGAAACACUCACCACCACCUCCACCACUGGAAUUCCGCAUUGUGACCGCAAGCCCGAGCGCGGCGAGCGCAAGGGAAAGAUUAUCAAGAUGGAGAAGGGCAGACUCGCGCCGCCCGAGAAGACGAGCAAGGCAAAGAAGGACUGGGACCGUCAUCGUCGGGAGUCCCGCAAGCAAAAAGCCCUGGCGCAGAGAUAG